AUGGAGCCGCAGCCCGACAGCCUGGAGGGGUGGGUGGCCGUGCGCGACACCGCCUUCGCCGAGCCUCAGCCGCCGCGGCUCCGCUUCCUCGUGGGCUGGAACGGCGUGGAGGGCGCGUUCGCCGUGACCUGCCACGGCCGGGCGGAGGCGGCGGCGCAGGCCCCGCAGAGCUGGGCCGGCCUCUUCUCGGCGCCGGCCCUGCGCGGCAUCCACCGGCAGCUGGCGGCCGUCUGUCCGCGCCUGGAGCCUGCCUUCCCCGCGCUGCCGCCCACGCUGCCCGGCGCCGGCGGCGGCGGGCUCUGGGCCGUGCUGUUCCCCGGCGGCGCGGCGCCGGGCGAGGCCGAGGUGCAGGAGCUGUGCCGGGAGCUGGAGCUCUACCUGGGCUGGGCCCUGGAGCUCUGCGGCGGCCGUGUGGUGCUGGACGCCCUCUUCGCCGCCGACCGCUGCCGCGACGACGAGUACUUCGAGAGUCUGCACGAGCUCCGCGGGAGGGCCCUGCGCAGCCACCUGGCCCGGGCCAAGGAGGCCCUGCGGCGGGUUCUUCAGCAGCAUAAAAAUGCUGACACAAUGGUGGCUUUGAUGAAGGUUUAUGAAGAAGAAGACAAAGCUUAUCAGGAUUUGGUCACCAUGGCAACACAAUUCUACCAGUAUUUACUACAACCCUUCAGAGAUAUGCGAGAGCUGGCGACCCUGUACAAACUGGAAAUCCUGAAAUCUUUGCAGUAUGAUAAGUUGGGGCCUAAAAGAGUGGCAGCUUUGCAGAAAGAUGCUGAAGAAUGGACUAAGCGAGCUGAGAAUGCUGUGUGCUCCAUUCAGGAUAUCACUGUGAACUACUUCAAGGAAACUGUAAAGGCUCUGGGAGCAAUGCACAAACAGAUGGAACAAGAUCAGGAAAGAUUUGGUAAAACCACCUGGGCGUCAGCUUUGCCACGACUAGAAAACCUGAAAUGUAUGUUAGCUAAAGAAACCCUUCAGCAUCUGAGGGCAAGAGAGUUGUGCCUGAAACAGAAGAGAGCUGGCAUUCAGAAAAACAUGGAGGACCUCAGUGAACAGGAAGAGAACUUACCUGUAGUGGAGGAGCUGGAAAUACAGUAUUAUGAAACGCAGCUGGAAUUAUAUAAUGUACAGCUUGAAGUAUUGAAACAUGAAGAGAUGCUGCUUAUUGUACAGUUGGAUGCUUUAAGGAGACAGAUUAAAGAGAAACAGGAUGAAGUUGUUUACUAUGAUACAUGUGAAAAUCCUGAGGAGCUCAAGGUCAUUGAACAGACAAUGGGACAACAUUACGCUAACUUGUCAGAAAUGACGAUGCUGAGGCAGAAGACUAAGCAGUUGGAGACAAAGCGUGGGACUGUCUGUGCGAGGAGAGCCUACCUCAGGAACAAAAAAGAUCAAUGUGAAGCAAGCCAUCGGCAGAGACUGCAACAGGCAGAAGAGAGCAAAAAACGCUUCCGGCAGCAUCACGGCAUACAGAUAAAGAGAGACAAGCAAAAAGAGGAAGAGAAAAAGAAAAAAGCUUGGAUAAGCCAGGAACGUCAGAAAACACUGGAGAGGCUGAAAACAUUCAGGGAGGCAAGUACUAAGUGUCCAGCUCAUGUUGUUCUGAAAACAUCUCGUCCCCAGCCUCUCAGUCCCAAGUUGCCACGAAGCAUCACUCAGCAGGCUGCAGUACUGUCCCCUCCACCUUCGUCGAGAGCAAGGGCAGCUCCAGAGCAGCCGAAGAGCAUACUGCUAGUAGAAGCCAAAGAAUCAAAAGCUUCACAUCAGAAUACCCCAGCAGAUAUCCCUGUCCAGAUUUUUGUUACUGAUGGUGACACAGAGCAACAAAAGCACAGUGAGGGAUUGAUGGUCUUCACAUCCUCACCACCACCACCACCACCACCUCCUCCGCCCCCUCCUCCUUUACCCCCUCCUCCCCCAUAUCCCCCCUUACCUCUCCAGUUAAAGACACCAUCAGCAACAGAGGAUAAACCACUUCCCCUUAGCUCCAAGAGCCCCACAGAAAGCCCUGCACUGCACAAACAGGAUGACUCAUCCAGGAGAUCUAUAAAUAAUUACGUAGGUUCCAUGGAUGAGGUUUUGGCUUCUCUAAAACGCAGUGAAGUUCAUCUUCGCAAAGUGGAACAGCCAGAUCCGUAUGCCUCUGUAAAAGACAACAUCCUCUCUGCCAUAAGGCAAGGAGUUAAACUAAGAAAAGUGAAUCGGGAUACUGAGAAAGAUGUCAGUAAAGGAUCCACUAAUGAGCUAGAGAGAAGCAUUAAGGCAGUCAUCCAGAGAAUUAAGAAAGUGUCUGCUGAUUCUGAAGAAGAGGAGAACAAUGAUCAGAAUAAUGGAGAAUGGGACAGCUAACCAAUUCAGAGUAACAGACUUACUGACUGGAACAGAGUGUGUGUCUCAUUUUGCAUGUUGUAGAAGACUGUCCCUUUGAAAAUGAAAGAACAGUGUGAUUGUGUGUGUUCUCAUAGUCCAAAAUAUCUUGUAAAUUAAAAGAAUCCUGUUGAUUUUCUA